CCAGAGACCGCCACAACAACACACCAGACCCGAGCGUAUCUCUCCCCCAUUAAUUCCACUGUCGAUAGUGCAAACCUCCUCUCUCUCUCUCUCUCUGUACGCGAGAGUUCAAAAGCACCAACCGACCGACGAUCUCCCCCAUUUUCCAAAAUCCGACAGGUGUGGCGACGCGACUCGAGGGAGCUUCAAUCAGAGACCCCGUCUCCCCCGAUCCUUCGUCGCUCCCGCACAGCUCUCUCUCCAUUUCGCGACACCCCAUUCCCCACCCCCACGAAUCGUCCGGCUCUCGCGGCCGUCCGUCGCUCCCCCGUCGUCCCGUUCUUCGGCUUUUCUUCCUCCUCCCCCCACCUUUUUUUUGCGGCCUCUCCCGUGGCGGUACGGCGAUCGAUCGCCCGCGAGCCCGAGAUGAUCGAGGCCUCGCCGGGCCGUUCCGAGCUCUCGGCGCCUCGCGGGUCUCUUGCGGCGCUCCUCGUUUCCGCCCGCUUCGUCGGCAGCGACUGCGACGGACGACGUGCCGGGGUUGUUCUCGUCGAGGGCUAAUUCAUCUGUGACAUAAGCUAGUAGAGCAUAUUGGAUACAUAAAGAGCAAGAUUGAGCGAGUGGGAAAGGGGGUAGGGUGCUAUUUUUGAAGUGUGGCCACAGCUACUAGAGGACAUGAGUAAUAUGCUUGGCUCCCAGAUUUCAUUUACUGAUUAUGAAACCACAUCAUCAGAGUUGCUGUCGAGAAGGUCCAAUUGUGGAAAAGUUGCCACAAGCAUGGGAGGAAGUGCCUGGUCACCCUUAAAUGAGGAUGUGCAUGAUCUACUUGAAUGUCCCGUUUGUAUGAAUUUAAUGUACCCUCCCAUUUACCAGUGUCCGAAUGGCCACACUCUAUGUUCAAGCUGCAAGACCAAACUCGAGAACCUAUGUCCAACUUGUCGCCAUGAGCUUGGAGAUAUACGAUGCUUGGUGCUAGAAAAAGUUGCAGAAUCCCUAGAACUCCCAUGCAGAUUUCAGCUUCUGGGUUGUAGGGGCAUAUUUCCGUACUACAGUAAGCUUAAGCAUGAAAAGAACUGCAAACACCGUCCCUAUGCUUGCCCUUAUGCUGGAGCCGAUUGUUCUUUUACUGGUGAUAUUCCACGUCUUGUCAUGCAUCUUAGGGAUGACCACAAUGUUGACAUGCAUGAUGGAUGUACCUUCAACCACAGAUAUGUCAAAUCCAAUCCACGAGAUGUCGAGAAUGCUACAUGGAUGUUGACUAUCUUCAACUGUUUCGGUCGACAAUUUUGCUUGCACUUCGAGGCUUUUCUGCUUGAGAUGGCUCCUGUUUAUAUGGCCUUUCUACGUUUUAUGGGCAACGAGGAGGAAGCAAGGCAGUUCAGCUACAGCCUUGAAGUCGGGGGGAAUGGCAGGAGGUUAAUAUGGCAAGGCAUUCCGAGGAGCAUCCGAGAUAGCCAUAGGAAAGUCCGAGAUAGUCAGGAUGGUCUAAUAAUCCCAAGAAUCUUGGCACUGUCCUUCUCCGGUGGUAAUGGACAGGAACUGAAGCUCAAGGUCGCCGGCCGCAUAUGGAAGAACAGUGAUAUAGAAGCUGGCUAUUUCUCAUGACUUGAAGCUUUCUUUGGUCGGUAAGAAAGGCUCACGAGUUUUCCACAAGCACGCACGUACACAAUUGGGAGCGGUUCUACUUAAUUCCACAGGAGAAAAACUUAGCUUAUUCGCGUUUUGGGUGUGUUGAUGCGUGAUGACUGUAACAUUAUUAUUUCGGGCUAAGCAACUAGUAUUUGAAGACUGGUGUUCAGACAAAUGACGUUCAGAAGAAUAGUUUCUUUGGAAUUGAAUCAAUUUCGGGACUCGGCAUUUCUCAGUCAA